UCACUGCCUUACUUACUCGACUACUCCUGCCAAGUAUAAACUUCAAAAUAAUUUACUGAAAUUUUUUUGUUUGUCGCUUUGUCCUUCAAAAUGUCUUACAAAUAUUUAAAAAAAACAACUGGUCUCACAAGACUUAAUGUUGCAAAAAAUCCUCACUAUACUCUAGGAGUAUUGUACGGAAAAAUUCUGAGGACUUUGCGUAAAAUGCCAGAAGAUGCAGCGUAUCGAAAAUAUACUGAACAAAUAAUAAGCAAUAGAGCCAAAAUCGUUCAAGAAACCGUAGCAGUAGAAGAUUUUGAAAAGAAAAUUAAUUGUGGACAAGCUGAAGAAUUAAUUGUACAAGCUGAAAAUGAAUUGGUCUUAUCCAGGCAGAUGUUAGCAUUUAAACCAUGGGAACCGUUAAUCGCCAAACCAAGUGCUGACCAAUGGUCCUGGCCUCCAUCAAAGUAACUUGUUUAAAUAUCGUAAAAUAGUUUGAUUUCAUUUUGUUAGAUUAUUUAAAUAUGUAUUCAGCAAAAUGUUGAGUUUUUAUUAAUAAAGUGAUACAUAAGGUAAUGCUUUUUAUUAAAUAWUUAGUAAAUAAUCUAUGUGUAAAGUGUACUUAAAUAUACUUAACAAUUUAAUGUGAAAUAAAAAACAUGUAUUAU